AUGAUCACCGAGGUCUUCCCCAUCAGGGUCACUCCAUCCUUUAACGCAUCCACCGACCCGAUCUUCUCUCGUCUGCGCGAGGCGACGAGCAAAGGUGGUGCAAAACAUCAGUCGUAUGGUAUGAGCAUCGAGGAUCCACACAAAUUGUGGUGGCUUGUCCACUUCGAGAACGGCUUACUGCCCGACGACCUCAAGUGGGACUAUACCACUUACGGCGACCCAAAAGAUCUCUUCGGCCAACUCACGUCCGAAGCGCCCGCCAAUUCGUUCGUCCAUAUUGAAGGGAGCGAGACGUUCCCUACCGGAGUUCUAGAUGCUGCUGUGACUGAGAUCGGCAUCCUCGAUCUCAAUCAUGGCUCUCGACUCUCCGAGUUUAGCAAGAUCGUCGAAAUCGUCGUAGCUGAGCUCAAGAAAGCGCCAGGAGCGAAAGGCGUAAUAUGGGGAGCCACGAAGCCGAAGGAAGGUCCCCAAGAAGGUGUGAAAGUGUUUAUACUCGUUGGAUGGGAUUCUGUCGAGGACCACGUGAAACUUGCGAGCCAGGAGGAAUUCAAGCAGAAGCAAAGUGCGAUGAUGCCGUUUCUGAAGGGCGCAAGAGCGGUCCAUGUGAAGUUCGAUGAGGAAGGGGUAUGAACGUAGACCAGAAGGAACCAGUAUAAUUUGGGCGUGGCAGACUUGGAGGAAGGAAACGGACAUUGACACGUAGUAUACAGCAAGAGGAUUGUGCAAGAUCUGAGUGAGGCGAUUGAAACGGGCGAAGAGUCAUUAGAAAGUCAUAGGAGAGAGUACGAAACGUACGGUAGUAAUCGCGAGGUCGGGAAUGAAGUAUUCAAUGCCGAGCGAUAAUAGAACGAG